CUGGGUAAGUCCGCACGGCAAGAAUGCAUAUGGCGCUGUUCUUCCUUGUACGACUGCGGGCGCAUGUUGUUAGGAUAGCUUCUGCAAUGCUUGUAAACGCUCUCGCCAUACAUACUUUAACGCUAACCCGAUGUAGCACAACUAUACCCAACAUUCCGGGUGUGGUCACUACGGCGAAGUCUACAAUGAGUGCUACACUCUCUGCCACUCAGCUUAUCAAACCCUCAUGUCCAAGCGCGGACCCAGCUCCCCACCCAUCGCACCCCCUCAAGAUGUUACUUUCUUUCCACAAGCCCCGAAGCGCUCAAACACCACCAGAUCGCGCCGCUUCUUCGGACUGAGCAGAUCGAGCACCACGGCAAGUACGUCUUCGCGGCGGGCAGCAUCCGGGCCUGAAUCUCUAGGCUUGAACCGCGCGUCGACAACAUCUGGCACUAGUAAUCAAUUUCCUGACCACGAAAUGCUGCCAGUAGUGCAGGCUUGUCCGGCAUUGAGGACUCGGACUGUCGUGAGUCAGAGUGCCGAUCAGGGUCAGGUGUGUAGUGAGUGCAAAAAGUGGAUUGAGCAUAUGCGCAACAUGAUCUUGGGCUACGACAAGCGGCGGGGAAUACGCGGGAAUGCGGCAUUCAAGGAGUUUCUUGAUGAUAGGCGCGAAUGUAGGGCUAUUGCGGAGGAUCUGGGGUUCGGUGAGUCCAGUAGAACGUUGGGAGACGGUAUGAGAAGAGACAGUGGUGAUGAGCUGUAUGGUAUGCGUCCGCAUAGCUAGACAAUGUCAAUAGCAUGCAACAACGGCGAGGGUUACUGGCGUAGGUUGAAGAAGUGAGGUGAGAU